AUGCCUGCCGCUUUUUCAUCAGAUGGCCAUCUGAUGAGCGUUUUGGAGCGUCCACAAGCGUGUGGAUGUACUACGAGUGAGUGCGAUGGCCUCACUUGUGGUACGGUCGUUAGUACGACUGCACAAAACCUUAGUGUAACAAACGGUUACACUUCGGAGCAAAGUUCCGGCGGCUGUGAGGAAACACAGGCUGCGCCGAAGGUCCACCACUCGAAUAAGUCGGGUGGACUGGGACAAAGAUGUAUCCCUAGCGGGGAACAUCUAGAAGAGAAACAAUCGAUCGCUCAGGUUAAGCGAAACGAUAAUCCUAGAUCGACUGGAGAGUCUUUCGUAGAGGAUCUCGCUGUGGUUGCGCAACCCCAGCUAGAGGAAGUAAAGGGAAUAAGUCCCAAGAUUACAAAUACGGCGGAAAUAAGUUCCCCGAAACCCGCGGGAAUAAGUCCCCGGGAAGACGAAGGAAUAAGUCCUUCGAAGCCUGAGGGAAUAAGUCCCCAGGAAAUGAAAGAGACAUUGAAUGUCAUAGUCAAUGACGGAUCAAGUGUAGGCGCUUAUACACUUGAUCUGAUUGCGCCUCCGAAGUUGACUUCGGAGAUCACUCAGUUGCCAACGCUCGAACAUAAAAGGUUCUUGCGUGAUCUGCGUAGUGGCAAAAUCAAGCAGAUCUGCAUACUCGUCACUGACGACGAGUGUGUAACCGACAUAAGGUCAGCAACAGUGUUCACUGAGAACGAGAGAGUUCUCAGUAGUUCAUCUAUGGACGAAAGUGUCCUAGAUGAAAAGACACGAAUUGAGCGAUAUGACUCCCAAUCGUGGGAAUCGCUCAAGAAAAAUCCUCUCUAUGAAGAUUUGGUUGAAUUCAAGGAUGUAUUCCCUGAAACUGUUCCGUGCGAAUUACCGAAGGAUAAAGGUAUUCGACACGAGGUCGAGCUUAAACCAGGCUCGAAGUACUGUGUCAUGAAGCAGUGGCCACUGCCUCGUGAACAAGUACUUGCGAUCGACAAGUUCUUUGCCGAUCGUUUAGCUGCGGGCCAUGUGGGGAAUCAACUUCCCCACAUAGCUCUCCGACCUUCUGUGUGCGAAAAGCAACAGGAGGGUGGCGGAUAG